GCCGCAGUGUUUUCUGGGAUGGGAACCACGCCGCUUCCUUGCCUCAGUUUCAGGAGUGAAGCGCGGAUCUUUCAACAAGAGCUUUAUUAAUUCCCACGCUUGGACCUUAGAAGGAGAUGGAGGUGGCUGCUAAUUGCUCCCUGAGGGUGAAGAGACCUCUGUUGGACCCCCGCUUCGAGGGUUACAAGCUCUCUCUGGAGCCUCUGCCCUGUUACCAGCUGGAGCUUGACGCAGCUGUGGCAGAAGUAAAACUUCGUGAUGAUCAAUAUACACUGGAACACAUGCAUGCUUUUGGGAUGUAUAAUUACCUACACUGUGAUUCAUGGUAUCAAGACAGUGUCUACUAUAUUGAUAACCUUGGAAGAAUUAUGAAUUUAACAGUGAUGCUGGAUACUGCCUUAGGAAAACCACGAGAGGUAUUUCGACUACCUACAGAUUUGACAGCAUGUGACAAUCGCCUUUGUGCCUCUAUCCAUUUCACAUCAUCCACCUGGGUUACCUUGUCAGAUGGAACUGGAAGAUUGUAUGUUAUUGGAACAGGUGAACGUGGAAAUAGUGCUUCUGAAAAAUGGGAGAUGAUGUUUAAUGAAGAACUUGGGGAUCCUUUUAUCAUAAUUCACAGUAUUUCUUUGUUAAAAGCUGAAGAACAUUCGAUAGCUAUCCUAAUUCUUCGAAUAGAGAAAGAGGAACAGGAUAUGAAAGGAAGUGGUUUCUAUGUUUCUCUGGAGUGGGUCACUAUCAGUAAGAAGAAUAAAGAUAAUAAAAAGUAUGAAAUUACUAAGCAUGAUAUUCUCCGUGGAAAAUCAGUGCCACAUUAUGCUGCUAUUGAGCCCAAUGGAAAUGGUCUAAUGAUUGUCUCCUACAAGUCCUUCAAAUUUGUUCAGGUUGAUCAAGAUCUUGAAGAAAAUAUGGAUGAAGACAUGUCAGAGAAAAUCAGAGUAGAACCUCUUUAUUACUGGCAACAAACUGAAGAUGAUUUGACAGUGACAGUACGACUUCCAGAAAACAGUGUUAAGGAUGAUGUUCAAGUGCAGUUUUUGCCUGAUCACAUCAACAUUAUGCUGAGGAAUUGCCAGCUUUUGGAAGGAAAGCUGUAUUCAUCUGUUGAUCAUGAAAGCAGUACAUGGAUAAUUAAAGAGAAUAAUAGCUUGGAGAUUUUCUUGAUUAAGAAGAAUGAAGGAUUGACAUGGCCUGAACUAGUGGUUGGUGAUAAACAAGGGGAACUUAUAAGAGACUCAGCCCAGUGUGCUGCAAUAGCUGAACGUUUGAUGCAUUUGACUUCUGAAGAACUGAAUCCAAAUCCAGAUAAAGAAAAACCUCCUUGUAAUGCUCAAGAGUUAGAAGAAUGCGAUAUUUUUUUUGAAGAGAGUUCCAGUUUGUGCAGAUUUGAUGGCAGUACAUUAAAAACUACUCAUGUGGUAAAUCUUGGAAGCAACCAGUACCUUUUCUCUGUUAUAGUAGAUCCUAAGGAAAUGCCCUGCUUCUGUUUGCGUCAUGAUGUUGAUGCCCUACUCUGGCAACCACACUCCAGCAAACAAGAUGACAUGUGGGAGCACAUUGCAACUUUCAAUGCUCUAGGUUAUGUCCAAGCAUCAAAAAGAGACAAAAAAUUUUUUGCCUGUGCUCCAAAUUAUUCCUAUGCAGCCCUCUGUGAGUGCCUUCGUCGAGUGUUCAUCUAUCGUCAGCCUACUCCCAUGUCCACUGUGCUUUACAACAGAAAGGAAGGCAGGCAUGUGGGGCAGGUUGCUAAGCAGCAAGUAGCUAGCCUAGAAACCAAUGAUCCUAUUUUAGGCUUUCAGGCAACAAAUGAGAGAUUAUUUGUUCUUACUACCAAAAACCUCUUUUUAAUAAAAGUAAAUACAGAGAAUUAAUUUCUCCAACAUGUUGACUUCUCUGUACUGGAAAAGUAUUCAACAGUGGCUAAAGGACUCAGCAGGUAUACCAUAACCUGUUAAGUUUUAACAUGUUAAAAAUAUCUCAUAUGGGUUUUUUAUAUUUUAAAGGAUAUUAGAAAUGUAUUUAAGAUUAUGAUACUGUAAAAGCUAUGAAAUGAAGCUGCAGAUUUAGAAAACAUUGGCUUCUGUAAAAAAUAUACAAUAUUGGAAGUAUAAUUUAAAAAAAACAAGCUAGAAUCUCAUCUUUUAUAAAUGAAACAUGUACAGUUAAGUGUUUAAAAUAAAAAUAUAUAUCAUGUAGUUUUCAUUGAUUAGGGUGGUACAGUCUAUAGAAUGUAUAGGUUAACAGUUGAAAUGUUGAGUAUCAUAAAUACUUAUUUAAAGGGACUAAAUAUCUUAGUCUACACAAAGCAGAAUUUAUGAAAGUAUAGCAGGUCUACUAGUCUUAAAGUUUGCUCAGAGAUCUUGGUUGUCUUUCAGAUUAAGCAUAACUAUUUAAUUUUUAAUUAUUUUGCUCUGCCACACAGAUAAGGUUUCCACGUUAUCCAUUGUUGCAUAAGAAACCACCCUAAAACCCAGUGAUUUAAAGUAAGAUUUGUGACUUUUCACUGUUCUGUGUCAACUGGCUGUUCUCUGCCUCCCAACUUUCAGUAUGCUGCAGUGGGCUUCAUCCCAUCACAGAGCAGAUAUUUGGAGAGGGCAAGCUCCAGUAGGAAGAGAUUACCAAGCCUAUUCUCCCAUCAUAUUUGCAAGCCUCAUGGCCAAGUCUAGAAUCGGUGUCAGAGAGGAUUACACAAGGAUUUAGAUAGCAGGAAGUAUGAUUCUUUGGAGCCGUUAAUGUAGUAGUCUGCCAUACAAUAAGGAUGAUAAAUUCUCAUUAUUAUUAGAAAAAAUAAUAAGAAUAUAUUGUCAUUAUUUUUCUAAGAGCUUAAACAAAAUAAUCCUGUUUAUACAUUAAUUUUUUUUCACCAGGAGUUUUAGUUUUUCAUACUUACUUUAUUUCCCCAGGUUUCUUUCUUUUUUUUUUUUCUUUUUUUUGG